CAUGGAAAUUCCUUUCGUGAUCUUGAUAUGAGUACGAUACUGUGAAGUGUUCAUUUUUUUAUCAAUCCAUCGCGAUAAUCGUGACGGAGAAGAGAGAAAAAAGUGCAAAGUACGAUCGGAAGGAGUUUUUUUCUCUCUCUCUCUCCUCUGUGCUGGAAUUAUUUUUAUUGUACAAGGAUAAAAGGAUUAUAUUUAUUGUGCCUGGAGAGCCGAAACGUACGUGCGAGGAGCAACGACGAUUGGUGAUGCGGUAGUCGAGGGAUUCCUGAGGGAAGCCAUGAGGGCGGCCGCCGCCUACGUCCUGUUCUUUGCUCACCUCAUACAGGCGACAACCGGGAGCGGGUACUUCGAGGUUCAGAUACUUUCGUUAACGAACAAUCGAGGGACGCUGGUCGACGGAAGAUGCUGCGGGGGAGGAAUCGAUGGGGAUAAUGAGCGGAAGAACGGGGGUGGUUUUCCACCGUGCACGGAGUCGUGCACAACGGCAUUUUGGUUGUGUCUGAAGGAGUAUCAGUCAAACGUAACGGCUAUUGGCUCAUGCAGCUUCGGCAACGUAUCUAGUCACGCACUCGGCCAGAACACAUUCACCCUUAACGAUCCGGUCACCCUUCAGCUACACUUCACCUUCCGGUGGACGAGGCAAUUUACGCUGAUUCUUCAAGCGAGAGACGAGCCCAGUGCGAGGGUGAUCGAGGAAGCGAGUUACAGCGGUAUCGUGCUUCCCGGACCAACGUGGCACACUCUGAAUCACCAGGGAAGAAACGCUCAUCUCGCGUAUCGCGUGAGAGUGCAGUGUGCUGAUCAUUAUUACAACGCGACGUGCACCAAGUUUUGUCGUCCACGAGAUGACAUUUUCGGGCACUACACUUGUGACGAAAACGGGGACAAAGUUUGCAUACAGGGAUGGAAAGGAGCGGACUGCGAGACAGCUGUUUGCAAGGAGGGCUGUCACCCGAUUCACGGUCAUUGCAACGUGAGCGGUGAAUGCAAGUGUCGGCACGGCUGGCGAGGGGAAUUGUGCGAUCAGUGUACGCCGUACCCUGGAUGCAAGCACGGUUAUUGCAACGGUUCGAGUUGGCAAUGCAUAUGCGACACGAAUUGGGGCGGAAUACUUUGCGAUCAGGAUCUCAAUUAUUGUGGUACAAACGAGCCCUGUCAGAACGGAGCAACGUGCGAGAACACAGCUCCGGAUCAGUACAGAUGCACCUGCCCGGACGGUUUCUCCGGGCCGACGUGCGAAAAAGUUGACAACCCGUGCGCCUCGAAUCCCUGCUUGAACGGUGCGACUUGUCGAGAAGUCGGUGAAACGGCCAAUUGCGAGUGUGCGCAAGGUUUCAUCGGGCCCUACUGCGCCACGGAUCUCGACGAGUGCGCUUCCCAACCUUGUCAAAAUGGCGGCACAUGCGUCGAUGGAAAAAACGAAUUCUCGUGCAAGUGUCCCCCCGCGUGGCAAGGCACGCUCUGCCAAUUUGACGUUGACGAGUGUGCCCUCAAGGAAUCGCCUUGCAAAAACUCCAUCACUUGCGUCAACCUCGCUGGAGAUUACAGAUGUCGUUGUCGAAGUGGAUUUACAGGAAAGAACUGUACGAAGAACAUAAACGAUUGUGUGGGUCAGUGUCAGCACGGAGCGUUGUGCAUCGACCUCGUGAACGAUUAUCAUUGCUCGUGCACGCCUGGAUAUUCGGGGAAAGACUGUGACGUGGACAUCGACGAGUGUGCCUCAAAGCCGUGUCAGAACGGCGGCGAAUGUCGGGAUCUCGUCAACGCCUACGAAUGCGUUUGUCCCGUUGGCUACACCGGCUACCAGUGCGAGAUUGACCGGGACCACUGCAAUCCAAACCCUUGCAGAAACACCGCGCCGUGUUUCAACACUCAAACGGAUUAUUAUUGCCACUGUCCGGAACAGUGGCAGGGAAAAAAUUGUUCGGAAACGGCAUCGCACCACCCGCAAUUCGGGCAGAGCGACGAGAGCCUCGGCUGUGGUAGCGAGGGCACUCCGUGCGGAGGACGAGGCCGAUGCAGCGGUGGAAGAUGCAUCUGCGAUCCCGGUUACACAGGGCAACACUGCCACGAGAACAUCAACGAUUGCCGGGACAACCCCUGCCUCAAUGGAGGCACUUGCGUCGAUCUUGUAAACUCUUUUCAGUGCAUCUGCAGAGAGGGAUGGAGCGGCGAUCUCUGCGAUCAAGACGUUGACGAGUGCCAAACGUCGCCGUGCCGGAACAACGGAACUUGCGUCGACGGAGUAGCCGAUUUCACGUGCAACUGCUGGGGUGGUUGGAAGGGGAAGACUUGCGCUCUGAAGGGCGGUCACUGUGAGCCAGGGACGUGCAGGCACGGGGGUACUUGCCAGGACCGCGGGGAUGGUUUCACCUGUCAUUGUCCACCGGGUUGGGAGGGUGCAGCUUGCCACAUAGCUUCGCCAGCGUGCGCUAGCAGCCCCUGUGAAAACGGUGCAACGUGCGUAAACACGGCCGACGGUAGUUACCGUUGCGUUUGCCGGGAGGGAUUCGAGGGCCCGAAUUGUCGAAGAGACGUGGACGAUUGUCAGCCGCUGCCGUGUCUAAACGGUGGACGUUGCGUCGACGGCGUUAACUGGUUCAGAUGCGAAUGCGCGCCCGGUUUCACCGGUCCGGACUGUCGCAUAAACGUCAACGAAUGCGCGAGCGACCCUUGCAUGGGAGGAGCAACUUGCAUCGAUGGAAUCGCGAGUUAUUCGUGCGUGUGUCCACCGGGUCGGAGCGGAAGCCAUUGCGAGAUAAGAACCGACGGAGGUGUCGGCUGCGUCGCCGCGUCUUGGGACGACGAUUGCAACGUGUGCGAGUGUAGAAACGGCAAGAAUCAGUGCAGCAACGUUUGGUGCGGCCAGGGCAAUUGUCUAAACGGAACGUCCUGCCUGGCGCACGAGGUAUGCGUCCCGUCGCCGGGUGAAAGUUGUUUGGCUCCCCCGUGUCCAGCUUGGGGAGAAUGCAGGCCAAUCGAGACCGGAAGGAGGGUCGGCCCGCCGGCGCUUCCAGCUCCGCCUUCGUGCUGGCCGAGCCAAGCAACGCCGGGCCCAACUUGCUCGAGACUGACGAUACUUUUGCGCAGAGAUACCCUAGUCCCGGGAACCUCGGUCGAAUUAUUGUGCAGGAGACUGCGAAGGCUCCUGGCCGAUCCGAGGCGACCACAGUCGGUCGUUCUCCUCUGCGAUCUCAAACCCGGUGACAACGACACCAUCGAAGUAACAAUAUUCUCCGAAGCAGCUGCCGACGCGGCACGGGAUCUCGGCGAGGCUCUCAGCCGCCCUCUGAGCAGACCUCUCGCUCUGGCCUCCGUUCUGGAGGUCAAAGUCGAGACGGCUCUAUUGAGCGACCCGAACUCGAGCGGUUCGAGCAACAGUGGCACCGGAUACAUCGCUGUUUUGGGUGGAGCUCUAGCGACGAUAUUACUCCUCGCGAUCCUCGGCGGUCUCUGGUAUCUCAGGGCGAGACAGAGAUCCGGGCUGACCGCGACCACCAGCAGCGAAACAUCGCUCCAUCGUCAUCGCAGCGAUCUCGAUGAGAAAUCAAACAACUUACAGAACGAAGAGAACCUACGGAGAUACGCGAAUCCUCUGAAAGACCAGGACCCUGGCGAGCCGCGAGUCUCCGUCGUUAGGCCCUUGUCGGGCAUGUCACUCGGAGGCUUGGGAUCAACCGAGGAGAGUCUCGAAAUGGUAUCCGAAGAAGGCAGACACCGCUUGCCACCGUUGUACAAACCAACGAGCGCCGAAGCGAGAAACAACACCGCCAGUUUCAGCUACGAAGAGGGUCUCCACAAGCCCUACAGCAAACCACGACUUCAAGAACCUUCCUACUCGCAUCAGCAGCCCGGAACUAGCCAACAGGUCGGACCGCGACAGGUGCUAACCGUACACGUUUAAUUAUACUCAAUUCUUUAAUUAUUAACCACCAAUCUCGAGAGACUUUAUAAUCCGGAUUGAAACCGGACAGACUGCGCGCAAACUCCCCGAGAUUUAUCUCUUCCACAAUAAAUGUAUUUAUCGAGAUAUUUGCGAAUCCGAGAUCGCCCCUCCCGCGCGAUUUCGGGAGUGAUAAAUCGACACGAGUCAAAUGGCCGGAUCUUAUUGACGGACCUUGUGGCCUGCUGUGUCGCCUUCCAAGACUUUACGAAACACAAUAUGAAAAACACCCAGCUACAAGAAAUCACGAGACUGGUAGGCGAACGCGUUGUAUCCUAUCCAACAUCAACUCCGACGGAACUUCGCGUUAUGUGCAAUUGAUUCGAGGGCUCCGAAAGGUACGCUUUAUUAAUCGCGGCCAUAAGGAAUAGAUUCUAGUAUAUAUUGUAAAAUUAAUUAUAAACAGAGAUAUACAGAUAUAUAUGCAUACACCUAUAUGUAUAAACUUAUGGAAAAAAAAAAACAAACAAACAAACAAACAAACAUUAUAUGCGUGUAUGGAUUCGAAUUUAUAAGCAGCGAGACUGCAUCGCUAUGAGACUGCGAGGAAGAAAAGAAGAAAGAGCUAGGAAUAAUUCUACGACUCGUGACACGAGUCCUCUGUGGAUGAACAACAGUACCGUUGUGGCAGCGUGCCUUUCGUAUUUUUCAACUCUCUCUCCGUCUCAUUUUCUUGCCUAUUUUUCUCGUACUCAGCACGAUCCCAAGUGAGAGAGAAAGAGAGAGAGAGAGAGAGAGAGAGAGAGAGAGAG